AUGCUGGCGGGCACAAAGAUCCAGGCUUGGUGGCGAGGCACGCUGGUGCGCCGGACCCUGCUACAUGCUGCCCUCAGCGCUUGGACCAUUCAGUGCUGGUGGAGGCAGACAAAGGCCAGGGCGCUGGAGAGGAAGUUACAGGACAUGACAUAUAACUGGGUGACGCAAGUACAGGCAGCUGUGAGGCUGCAAUCCUGGAUGCGAAUGUGGCUCACGCGUAAGCAUUACCUCAGCGUUCGCAACUCUGCCUGCAAACUGCAAGACUCCAGGAAUCCUCAGAACAUUUGUAAAUCCUAUAACACUAUCCAGGGCUUCUAUGAGAUCACUGGAGACCAGCUAAAGCUUCAGCUUGAUAUCUUUUUUGAAUCACAAAUCUGUCGGAUAUCAGACUGCAUACCUUUCCCAAUAAAGAACUGA